AUGGAGUUCGUGAUUCAUGUCGAGCUAGCAAUCGAAACGUUCGUCGACUGGUUCACUGAACUGGGCGACGUUGCUCAUGACUUCGAUAAUUGCUUCCGAUCCAUGGAAUCUCUGAAUACGGUUGUGCUUGGGAUAGACAGUUGUUACGCCGUUACCAACGCUUCAGAUCCACCCCUCAGCUUGCGGUCCUUGCUGAUCGGCUUCAACCUCUUGCCGCGCACCAGAGUCGCCUACGUCGGUCUUAUCAGGCUUGACUACCCUGGACUGAACCAGCAACUCUGGCUCAAUCACUUCGCGCUUACCAAGAGCUGGAAGGCGGUGCAGCGAGAUGCACAGAUCUCCGAGGAUCCUUUCCAGCAGUUGCUGGACCUCGAGUAUGUGUGA